AGACAUUUAUCGCGGACGAGAGUUCACACGAACUAUUUCCGGGUAACAGCCGGUGGCUAACGUUAGCUGAAACCGAAACGCAGUCCUUCUCUCUACAUUCUACAACGGAGUGAGUUAACAUAAACUACGCAACAGGAUGGACGGUGAAGAGAGAACCUACGGUGGCUGUGAGGGGCCAGAUGCCAUGUAUGUGAAACUGAUCUCUUCAGAUGGUCAUGAAUUUAUUGUGAAAAGAGAACAUGCUUUGACAUCUGGGACUAUCAAAGCCAUGUUAAGCGGACCAGGUGAGGAUUUGACAAUUGCUGAAAAUGAAACCAACGAAGUGAACUUCAGGGAGAUUCCCUCUCACGUCCUGUCCAAGGUCUGCAUGUACUUCACCUACAAGGUCCGCUACACCAACAGCUCCACAGAAAUACCUGAAUUCCCCAUCGCUCCGGAGAUCGCCCUGGAGCUGCUCAUGGCUGCAAACUUUUUGGAUUGCUAAAGUUACAGAAACAAUGUUGCAGUUUAAAACAGUUUUAGAUUUUUUUGAAUAUUUAAAUUGUUUUGCCAUUUACUUAUAUGACACCUGAAUAUAAGUAUGUAUGUCACUUUUCUUUUUCUUUUUUUUGCACCUGGCUUUCUGUCAUAAUUUUAUUAGUAUUAAAGGAUUCAUUUUAAUGUAAUGUAAUACAUGGAUAGGGCAGGCUGCAUCACUUGCCCAAGAAUGUGAUCAAUGUGCCCCAACCCCAUAAAUGUUUCCUCACCUCUCCAGAUUAAUAAAGACCUGUUUGGUGAGCACAGUUUAUUGCAAGUUGCUGCCUCACUAUGCAUGUUCCAUAUGAA